GACUAAGUCUGAAAUGAGGAAACUAGUCGUAUCAAUAGCUGCGCUGGGAUUAAUAUCCCUGGCUUUUGGUCAUGAUAAUCCUUGGCCAUCACAGCCCCCAACUCCCAUAAAGAAGGUUGCCGUGGCUGUUCCGGUGCCUGUUCCUGUUCCAGUUCCAGUUCCUGUUUAUCCCAAAGAAGGAGGUGGAGGAGGUGGUGGCGGCGGAGGAGGCGGCAGUGGUGGUGGUGGCGGCGGCGGAGGAGGAUCCGGCGGUGGUGGAGGUGGUGGCGGCGGUGGAGGCCCCGAAGGAGGCACUUGCCCGCGACCUUCUCCCGAAGCCUUACGGUGCCUCCGGGAAUGGGCCUGUCAGUACGUCAUCCGCCUGGAUCUGCGCUGCCUGCUCAACUUAAAUGGCAACCCAUUGCUGGGCAAUCUCAUUUCCAUACCGGGCAUCACCGGAGGCGGAAGCAGCAGCGGCGGCGGUGGCAUCUUGGGCGGUCUGCUGGGCAAAUAG